AUGACGGAUUUCGAAGCCCAGCGACUGUCGAAUCUCGAGCACAAGCGGAAACUCCUGUCUGAGCUUGACCUGCAAUCGAAUGCGAUCCCUGUGUCUUCCACCCGAUCGACAGCCACGAAGCCCCCCACGAAGAAGCGAAGGAUCGCCGUGGAUACGAUCCCAACGAGGACGUCUGCUCGGAUCUCGUCGACCACUCGUCCGUCGUACAAAGAAGACAAUGGACCCCGUUACAACGAAGUAGAAGUGGAGGCGAAGACGCUCAAGCGACGUCCAAAAGCAGAGCAGUCACGGAGAGCGACACCUGAGCCUCCUGCAGUGGUAACUGAUGAAUACGUCGCCGACAUUGUAGCCGGAUGGACAUCAUGGUUGCCCUCAGCACCUCCGCCGACUCGAUCAGAUUCCGACAACGUCUUCCACUUUCAAGACCAGCCAACGUUCACGCCCAACAAGUCUCCCUCCGAAGUCCUGCAAGAGGGCUGCUUCGGCGGCUCCUACUUCCGUCCUCUUCGCUCGAGAAAACUGGGUCUCGUGGUUGAGGACGAUUGGAAAGAGCUGCCAGAGGAUUGGAUUCAAGGCCUCGAUCCAGCCAUCUACCUCACUCGCUCCGACUACGAUCCUUCCAUCAAUAAGUACAAGGUGGCAUGUGGCCAGUCCAUUGAGGAGUGGGAAGCUGCCGGCUGGAUAGCCCACGAGUAUGAUGUUCGAGGAUGGUUUCAGUGGUACUGCCGCUUUUUCCAGGGCCGGAGAUGUGAUGACGACGAGCGACAAAUCAGUCGAUGGCGGAAAUGCGUUGGCGAGACUGGCAGGUGGCGGCGCAUGCUGCUCAAGAAGUAUAUGGCCAUGGGUGUGCGGGACGUAUUCGAUGAUGGCGAGGAAGAAGACACGAAAGAAGUCAGUCCUGUUAUGCACCAGACUUGUCACCAUUGGGCCUACGAGGUGCGACAGGAUGAUCUGGAUCGUGCUUGGAAAGGUCUCAAACGAUGA